AUGUCCAAGCAGCAGUGCUCCGGCCACGUCACCUUUGAUUUAAACUACAGCGACGCCUACACAGAAUGGCCCGAGAACCUGCCCGGCUUCAUCUGCAAGACGCCUCCCGUAGGCCCAGAAAGCGCCCCCAGAUUCGCCCAAUGCUGCUCAGGAACAGUCUACAAUAUCACCGAGCCGACUACGCCCGAUCAUCCAGCUUACCCUGUCACCUGUGCCAUGCUCUGCCAGGUUGACCCUAAUCUCGACGUGAUCAAGGGCGACACUCCAUAUGACUGGGACGAUCAUUUUAUGUGCCUGACAGACGGCGGCCAGGACGUCACCGGCGGAGAUGUCACCUGCGACGCUAUCACGGUAGAAGGCAAGCCGAUGCCGACGUCGUAUGCUUCAACGCCGUCGGGGAGCUGGGCAACGGAUUGGACCACGUACUGGACAUCGUACACGUAUGACGAGGGAGAAGACUUUACGCUUACGCAUUGGGUUGCCGUGACCGACAUUCCUGGAUAUUGGGAUUCCACUACGGCGAGUGAGGAAACAACCGCUAGUACCAUGCGGCCUUCGGAAACGACGCUGGUCUCUGCCUCGACUUCUGCUUUGGCUUUGGCCUCAACGGCUAUUCUGACUGAGUCGUCAUCUCGGGUUGAGGAAUCUGAAGCCGCAACUAGCUUGCUUCCGUCUUCUUCAGAUACCGGAGAUGUGGUCGUUGCUCCGACGGGUGCGUCAAGCGGCGGGAGGCUCAGGAUGGAGAGGCUUGUCGCAGCGCUUCUGGCUGCAUCAGUCCUCGGUGCUGGGCUUGGGGCCGUCUGA